AUGAGUAGCGUAGUUGAGAAGUUAUCCCAAAGAGGUCACCAGAUUGUUAUGGUAGUCCCUGAAGUACAUAUGUAUGUAAAUAAGAUGGAUAAUGUCACAGUGAGAACUUAUUCGGUGCCCUUUAACAAAGAGUUUAUGCAAUCGAUGGUGAAGGAGACUGGUCAUGAUAUAUUUCAAUUCCGGCCUGUUCUGCAGGAUGUGAAGUUUAUGUAUGAACGAAUAGUAAAUAUAACCAGCUUUGUAGUUGCUCAGUGUGAGUAUUUACUGCAAAAUGACUCUCUUAUCAAGUAUUUGGAAGACUACAAGUUUGAUGCUAUGUUGAAUGACCCUGUCUACCCAUGUGGAGAAAUCAUUGCUGAACAUCUUUCGAUACCUUCUGUGUCUUUCAUAAGGGGGGCUUUCUUUGGUGCAGACCUGGAAGCAACACGGUCUCCAGUCCCAGCUUCAUAUGUUCCCAGAUUCUUUACUGUGUACACCGACCAUAUGGAUUUUAGCCAGAGAGCGAAAAACUUUAUAAUAAGUUACAUUGACCAGAUUGUAUGCCGAAUAUUCUACGCUCCCUAUGCCCGAUUAGCUUCAGACUACUUGCACAAGGAAGUCACAAUUAUGGAUCUUUUCAGUAGAGCUUCCGUUUGGCUUCUAAGAUAUGACUUUGUAUUUGAAUUUCCUAGACCUAUUAUGCCAAACAUGAUCUUCAUAGGAGGCAUCAAUUGUGUACGAAGAAAUCCUCUGACUCAAGUAGGUGCAAUGCUUGCUACUGUGCUUUAA